AUGCAGCAGGCUUCCGCGCAGGCACCACCAUCAUCAUCCAACGAUCAGCUGUCGGGGAGUUCUAGUCGUCGCGGGAGCGCGACUGCCCAUAACAUGCCCGAUCAGCCUGGCCGACAGACGCCGACCAGCAAUCGUCAACGCGAAGAUCCCGGAGAUAUCGAUGUUCGAGCUUUGCUUCAGAAGCAUGAAGAGUUACAGAGCAAAUACUCCAAAGUCAAACGUUACUACUUCGACAAAGAGGCCCAAGUCCAGCAUCUCCAGAAUACUGUCGCCCAUCAGCGUAUGGCCGUGUCUCGAACCGUGCUAGACGAUAAUGAAUACGCGAACCGAUUCCAGCGCCUGGAUGGUGCCAUCAAGGAUCUGGCAUUCUCCGUGCGGAAAGAUUGGCGCACUGUUCCCUCAUGGUUGCACGGUCUGGUGACCGAGGACGCCGUCACAACCGGCACAAAAGAGAUGACUGCCAUGGGCCGAGCUGUGGUCAGUAAAUGGCUUGGGGAGGAGGUUUUCCACAAGUACUUCCAUCCGGGAUUGGAUCCUGCGCUCAGCGUGCAGCUGAAGAGCAUUGAGAUGAACCUGCGCCGACAACAAAUGCGCCCAUGCACGGACGAAGAUCGAGAGAAUGCCAUCGCUCGACUUUCUAACUGGCGCCGCACAACUUUUGACGGUCUUGGCGAUGCACUGUCUACCCCAGACGCUCAAGAGUACCGCGCGGAGUUAAUCGAGCACCUGAUCGCCGAGCUAGCAUCAUUCCUGAGCACACAGCUCCAAGAACCCGCGCUGGCUGGCCUAGAAGCAGGCGUCCGGAUGAUCAUCGAGAACACCGUCAACAUCGCCGAGAAGAUCCCGCUCGAGGCUCGCGACGUUUACGUGGAGUACCUACCGACCAAUAUUGCUUUUGCCGAUGCAUUUAUGAAAGUGGAAGGCCAACUGCCACCACUAUCACACCUCCCUCAACCCCCAGCGGACCAGGAACCCGAAGAUCCCGCCGCAGUAGAGGGAGACUCAUCGCCCGCUUCCAACUCCACCGGAGCCGGCGAGGGCACAUCCCCAGCCCCACGCGAGUCCAAGAAGAAAUCCGUCUUCGACGCCAUAAGAAACCGCAAAUCUGGUGGAGCCGACCACGGUCGAUCGGGGGCAUCCCACCCGCACGAAGAAAAGAUCGAACAGCCUGAGGUUGCGAUUCCGCCCCGAAUUCGAUUCUCUUCUUUCCUGACGGUCGAGGUGCGCGGCAAGGGCCAGGCGAUGGUCCUAGUGAAAGCGCCUGUGUGGCUGAUAGAGUGA